GAUGACUUCUUUCUCACGCUUCACUCAAGCUUAUGUCAACACUUUAAGCUACUGACUUUGUUUCUGUUUCUUCUUGGUACAUGCCUUGGUGACUACGGCAUUGGAGUCGGAAUCGGCGACGGUGGAGUUUGGGUCGGCGGAGGCGGCGGCGGUGGCGGAAACCAUAAUUCCGAUCCUGGAAAUGCAGCUUACCGUGCUCUUCAAUCCUGGAAAUCCGCCAUCACAGAAGACCCAUCCGGUCUUCUCAAGACAUGGGUCGGCGAAGAUGUCUGUUCUUACAAAGGAAUCUUCUGUUCUGGCUCGUCAGUAAUCUCCAUAGAUCUAAACAAAGCAAAUCUCAAAGGCACCAUCGUCAAAGACCUAUCCCUCCUCUCGGACUUAACCAUCCUCCAUCUCAACACCAACAGAUUCUCCGGUCAAAUCCCAGAUUCCUUCACAGCCUUAGAUUCUCUCCAAGAGCUCGAUCUCAGCAACAACAUGUUCUCAGGCUAUUUCCCUCGAGUCACUCUCUACAUCCCCAAUCUCAUCUACCUCGAUCUCCGGUUCAACAAUUUCACCGGUUCGGUUCCUCAGAAUCUAUUCAACAAACAG